AUGUCCCAUCAUGCAUCGACAACGCUUCCAGCCCACACCACAAAUGGCGAGGCCCAUGCGCCCAACGACCGCGCCCAAGUUCCGCUAUCAGACUCAAAGCCCAUGUCGGUAAACCGCAAGAAGCAAAAACGCAGACAAAAACAGGCGGCCCGCUUGGCAGCGGAGCGUGAGCUCGGAAAUGGACAUGCCUCCGCGGAGAUCACCUCGCCAAACGGUUUAAGUCCUACUGCGCCCGAGAGUCAUGUAUCCGGCGAUCAUGACAUCGAUGAGGUCACUCCGAACGGCGAAAUAUACUACGAGGAGAUCCACGACGCGACGCAUGUACAAGACGAUCCUCUGGAAUUGUCCAACGGGCAGAUCGGCCAACAAAUUCCCACGAGUUCGAAAACCAAAAAGAAGAAAGGCAAGAAAGCUCAUGCGGGCUCUCAGAGCCAUGGCGAUGAAAGCUCCACUCCGAUAUCGACACUCUCCGACUUGUCACAACCUAUUCCUCCGCCUUUACCUCCGCACCUGGGACCUCACACGAUUCUAAAGUCGAGCAAGGACCGCAGCAUCUGGAACACUUCAACACAAGAAGAACGCGAGAACAUCAAGACUUUCUGGCUCGAACUGGGAGAGGAGGAGAGACGCCAGCUUGUCAAGGUCGAAAAGGAUGCGGUCUUGAAAAAGAUGAAGGAGCAGCAAAAACACUCGUGCAGCUGUACUGUGUGUGGGAGGAAGAGGACCGCCAUCGAAGAAGAACUGGAGGUGCUGUACGAUGCUUACUAUGAGGAGCUGGAACAGUACGCCAACAACAACCAAGGCUCGUUCGAGAAGGGCCCGCCAAUGAUCCCGCCUCCUCGUCUAUACCACCCACCUCUACGAUCGCCCGGCCAACAUACACGGACACAAGGCCAGUUUCAUCCCUCUCGAGGCCGCAUCCAUGAAUUGCAGGAAGACGAGGACGACCUGGACGAUGACUACGAUGAGGAUGACGAGGACGAUGAGCCGUACAGCGACGAAGAAUACGAAGACGACGAUACCCGUGCCGCCCGUGCAGAUUUCUUCGCCUUUGGAAAUAGUCUAACUGUCAAAGAUGGCAUCCUUACCGUUGCGGACGAUCUUUUGAAGAACGAUGGAAAGCAUUUCAUUGACAUGAUGGAACAAUUAGCUGAGCGCCGAAUGCAGCGUGAAGAAGACACCCAAUAUGGCAUUGCAGCAGCACAUCAAUCGCUCCAUAGCGGUCAUAAUCACGGUCCCCUUGAUGACGAAGACUAUGACGACGAGGAGGAUGAGGACUAUGAUAGUCAGGAGGACGAAGACUACGAGGAAGAUGAAAUGGUCAGCUCCGGGAACUGGCCGGGUGGUGAAGCAGUGCAAGCUGACACGUUUCUGCAGGACGCCAUGACGGAAGAACAACGUAUGGAAGAAGGACGGCGGAUGUUUCAAAUAUUUGCGGCCCGAAUGUUCGAACAGCGCGUUUUGACAGCCUAUCGAGAAAAGGUCGCCGAGCAACGCCAGCAGAAACUCAUUGAAGAGCUCAUGGAGGAGCAAACUCGGAAUGAGCAACGGAAUGCCAAGAAGGCUCGCGAAGCACAGAAGCGCAAGGAUAAGAAGAGGCUCCAGAAGCAGGCAAAGGAGGAAGAAAAGGCGCGGAGGGAGGCGGAGAAGGCGGCUGAGGAAGCUGCAGCUAAAGCGGAACAGGAGAAGAAACUUGAAGAGCAGAAGAAGAAGAGAGAGGAACAAAGAAAAAAGCGCGAGGCAGAGCGAAAGGCCCAGGAAGCGGAGCGUGUUCGCAAAGAGGCUGAGAAGCAAAAGCGACUGCGCGAAGAGAGAGAGCGACAGGCGGAGAUUGAAAGAAGGCAGCGGGAGCAGAAGGAGCUGGAGAAGAAGAGACGAGAAGAAGCACGGCAGAAAGACGAACGAGAGCGCAAGGUCAAGGAUGAGCAGACGCGGAGAGAUCGCGAUACUACCCCCAGAGAACCUGAAGUGUCAAAACGAGUGUCGCAUGGACCGGUACCAAUCCCCCCCAACCUGCAUCAACACGCACAGGGCCUUUUGGCACAUUUCCAGUCGCCGCAUUUCCAAGUCGCCACGCCUGUCGUCCCCAAGGCUCCGACUCCUGCCAGACCGCGGCAGCCGUCUCAGCAGGGCUCCCGCACGUCGUCUCCGCGAUCUCAGCCGGCUAGCACGGAGCCAUCGCAGGUCUCCAUUUCUCCGCGAUCGAUGGCGCCGUCGCAGUCGUCGGGCGCAUCCAGCAUCACCUCCAAGCAGGGCCAUGCGCAGCCGCCAUUGCUUCACCACCCCCAGCCGUCGACCCCUUUGUCCCCCCUAGGAGCGUUAAGCAGAUCCCACCCACCCGGAUUCUCUCCGUCCAACCCACCUGGAUUGGGUCUGGUCUCGCGUCCACCCAUCGGCCAUGACUUGCCCUCAUACCCGCCUCACUCCGGACCUCUGAUGAACCAGCUGCGAGGGUUCCCUGCGCCGAAUGGUCUUCCUGUGCUUCCGGGCAUGAAUGGAACUCGUCCGAUUCCACCCGGAAGGGGCUUCCCGCUCGACCCAGGACACGGUCUUUCAUUCCACCAUCAACCCAUAGCCAAUGUAUUCUCGACGCAGCCGAGUGGGCUCUCUCAUGCGCAUUCUAGACAGCCGUCCAGCUCGUUCGACCGGUCACCUCUUGAGGCACUCCCGAUUGCCCGGCCUAGCCCUAUCAAGCGUCCAUCCAGCACUCAACAAGACCAAAACAACCGCCCUGCGCGGCGCGAUGUGGAUGAUCUGAGUGCACAUCUGGGUAGCAGUGCUCUUCUGGAUGACACCGAUGUUCCCUUCACCUCCAAUCUUUCCCAGUCUCUUCCUGGCGCGACUGCUCCGGGGUCUCUACCUGGACCGGCACGAGCUAGCUUUGCAGGGACGUCUUUGUUCACAGACCCUCUCGGUGAGUUACUUGCCAAGCAAUCAAUACUCACCGACGCUGACAGCUCUACUGCAGGGAAACACAGUAGUUUCUCCAUCGGGAAUGGUAUCGGAAACAGCACAUGGGGUGCGCAAAUUCCCUUUGGCGCCUCUCCCUUCCCCACCGCUCAGCCAUGGGGAACCGGACCUGGGAGUGGCUGGUCCAACAAUGCAUUCGCCCCAGGAGGUCACCAUCGUGCUCACGCCUCUCGGCCUGUGACGAUACGACUUCUGGUUAUCCAAGCCUGUAAACAACUCAACAUGAUGAGCCCGUCCAAGGGAGCAAGUGGAUACCAUGAUGUGAAGAUCGUUCUACGUCAAGUAGACCAGCUACGGCCCUCAGAUGAGCCCCCUAUCACCCUGAAGGAAAUGCUCGACAUCUGUGACACAGAAGGCAGCACACAGAAUGGAGGCGGAUCGUUCUUGAUCAGAAGCGACGAGACGGGUGACUACGUCAAGUUUGAGCCCGACACCAACAGUGCCUCCUCAGGCCACAGAGCUAGCAUUGUUCCUGGUGAAAUCGGUAGCCCCGUCCCUAGCAGUAGUCUUCCGGCCUUUGGCAUUGGCACGUCAAUAUCGACUCCGUCAGUGCUACGGCAGUUCUCGUCUCCUACGGGGUUCUAG